CUCACGCGCUCAUGAACUCAUUAAGAAAAAUCGAGUCGAAUCCCUAAAUCCCCUCCUGAGUCGGAGAAGAAGUAGAAGAAAUCGAUUUCGUUUCGAUGUCGUCCCUAAAGAAGAAGACGAAGAAACGGUCGCCGGAAUCGACCCCAAUUUCAUCACUUCCCGAUGAUUUGGUAUUGAGUUGCUUCGCACGCGUCUCUAGAUUGUACUACCCGAUUCUCUCCUUAGUCUCCAAGAGCUGUCGAACCCUCGUUGCUUCACCGGAGCUUUACAAGACUCGAUCUUUCUUCAACCGCACGGAGAGUUGUCUCUAUGUGUGCUUAGAAUUCCCUCCUGACCCUAACCCACGUUGGUUUACACUCUACCGAAAACCUAAUCAAACCCUAACCAACAUCACCGAGAAGACAAAGAACUCAAGUGGGUACGUUUUGGCCCCAAUCCCAAAUCACCAUUCCCCUAGUGCGAGUCUCGUUGCGGUUGGGUCUAAUAUCUAUGCCAUUGGUGGAUCCAUUGAGAAUGCACCGUCUUCUAGGGUCUCAAUUUUAGACUGCAGGUCUCAUACGUGGCACGAGGCGCCAAGCAUGCGGAUGAAGCGGAAUUACCCAGCUGCUAAUGUUGUUGAUGGGAAGAUUUAUGUAGCAGGAGGCUUGGAAGACUUUGAUUCCUCUAAAUGGAUGGAGGUUUUCGAUACGAAGACUCAAACUUGGGAGUUUGUGUUGUGCCCUUUAGCGGAGAGAUUCGUAUACAGGAGCUUAGUGAUUGAUGGAGAAAUCUACAUUUUUGGGGAUAAGGUUGUGACCUACAAGCCAAAAGAAGAUAGAUGGGGAGAUGAAGGAGAGCAUCAGAGUAUGGAUUUAGGUUUGUAUUUUCAUUCGUAUUGCGUUAUAGAUAACGUUCUCUAUUGUUAUCGACCUGGUGGAAUCAAAUGGUAUGAAUCAGAGAAAAGAUCGUGGAGGAAGUUGAGGGGUUUGAAAGGAUUGUCUAAGCUUGCUAGUAAUUGUGUUAGGUUGGCGGAUUAUGGUGGAAAGAUUGCGAUUUUUUGGGACAAGUAUUCCCCUUCUAGUGGUUAUAAGAGUCAUAUGAUUUCGUGUGCGGUGAUUUCCCUUGGAAGUUGCAAAAAUCAGGGUAUUCGAGGAAAGGUUGAAUGGUUUGAUGAUAUGCUUACAGCUAGUCUUAAACUCAGUAUAAUUUGGGGGGAAAGAAAACAUUAACAAAUGACUCAGUUUUGUUAUAAUAUUUUCACAA